CAGACACAGGGGCGAAGGGGAGGGUCUGUGUCUUCUGUUCUCUCCCCUCCCUCCUUUGGAAUCCCUCCUCCCCUCCUGCUUUCCUUUCUCUCUCUCUCUCUGUCAGAGGCAGACAUGUGCUUGCCGUGCCAGCGGACUGAUUUAACCCUCUCCUCAGAAUAACUGAUGCAAAGACAGCUGGGUUUGGCUUGCCCUCUUUGACGGCCCUCUCUAUCUGUUUCCCUCGUCUGUGGCUCUGUUCAUUCUUUCCUUCGUCUCUCCUAUCUUCUUACUGUCCCACUGUAGCGUAGACGCAUAGAAAGACUUGUCCUGUAGUGGAGCUUGUGUAAUCGUUGGCUUCAUAGGCACGUGAAUGCAGGAGCCCCCUGACUCAACACUGGCCCAGUAAGGAAUACCAAGCACUGGACUCAACACCACAGCGUUGGCGAGGAGGAGAGCCAUAAGACAUACAGAGAAAAACAAGGACAACUUUUCUAAACUCCCGGAAAGGCAACAUACGGGAUACAGGGCGACAGAAGAAGAAACAGACUGAGGAGUAAAGGAGCGUUAGGACCAUGCCUGUCUGUCACAUCCAGACACCCCUGGUGCUGGUUCUCUGCAUGCUGGUGCUGUCCUGUGGGUCAGGAGGAGCCCGGCGGAUCAGAAAGAGAGGGCUUAACCAGAAGGACUACGAGUAUCCCAACCAGCAGUCCCAGUCCACGCAGCACCAGAAGAACGACCGCUGCCCACCGCCUCCUCAGAUGCUGCCAGAGCGGGCCUGCGAGGUGCCCGGCUGCCGAUCCGACUCCGAGUGCGAGCGGCACAAGCGCUGCUGUUACAACGGCUGCAUCUACGCCUGCCUGGAGUCAGUGCAGCCCCCACCAGUGCUGGACUGGCUGGUUCAACCCAAGCCUCGGUGGCUGGGAGGAAACGGCUGGCUUCUGGACGGCCCAGAGGAGGUACUACAGGCGGAGGCCUGCAGCACCACGGAGGACGGUGACGAGCCCCUGCACUGUCCCACAGGUUAUGACUGCCACAUCAUUAACCAAGGGAAUGCGGCAGCUGGCAUCCCCAACCGGGGGCAGUGUAUCAAGUCCCGUGGCAACUCUGAUGGACGUCCCAUGAGGCAAAAGACUUACAAGGACUAUAAGGAUUACUUGGGAACUGGAAGCAGCUCUAACAAUGCAGUGGGUUAUGAGAAACACCACCACAAACACCUAGGAUGAAGUAGAAACACAACAGGCCAUUCAAUCAUCAGAUACCUCUCCACAGAACCUCAGCUAUAAGAACCCAAAUAUGAAACGUAUCCACAGAACCUCAGCUAUCAGAACCUACACGCCAAACGUUUCCACAGAACCUCAGUUAUCAGGACCUAGACGCUAAACUUAUUCACACAACCUCAGCUUUCAGAGCCCAGGAACCAAAGCAAUCCAUAGAAUCUCAGCUAUCAGAACCAAGAUACUAAACAAUCUACAGAACCUCAGCUAUCAGUACCGAGACGCCAAACCUAUUCACAGAACCUCAGAUACCAAACCCAGCCACAGAACGCUAGCUAAUAGAAUCCAGAUACCAAACCUAUCCACAAAAGGGUAGCUAUAAGAACACAGAUACCAAAGUUAUGCACAGAAGGGUAGCCAUCAGAACACAGAUACCAAACCUAUCCACAAAAGGGUAGCUAUCAGAAACCAGGCACCAAACAGGUCUUCUCAAUGAAAAACAACAGAAGACACCUAGACUGGUCUAUUCUGAUAGUCCAUAGAAAACAAUGACUUGUUAACCUUGCAUGUGCUUCACACUCAUGUCUGGCCUGGGAAAAGGAACAGAACAAGCCUACAUGACCUACCUCAAACUGCCAUAUUGACUUUCGUUGUAAUAACAGUACAGACAAAAAAGAAAACUGCCUGUCAUACAGAUGUACACAACUGCAUACAUAAAAGCAUGUUGUAAUUUGGUCAUGGUAAGGAAUCAUGGUAUCAUCACUGAAGCAGACAAAAGAACGAGGAAUAAAACAUCAAAGCACUUGGUCAGUCUCAAACUGGGAAAAGAAAACAUGCUCUUAUUCUAUACACAAUACUAAAGUAGAUCCCAGGCCACAAGACACAGCAAUCUUUUUAAACCUAAACCAUUGAGGAUCGGUGAACAGGAAAUAAGAAGCAUGUGCUGCUGACGUCCGAUACCCUUCAGUCCAGCAGGAUGAAGGUCCUGUAAGCACAUGGGAUUUAUGGUGGAGACAGAGGACCCAGUAACAGCUGGGGGUCAACCAGAACACAGACACGCUAUAGCCUACUUAAACUAUUCAUGCAUAACUUCACAGAGGCACUGCAAUAGAGUGAAAACCUGACUGGUGUCGACCAAACACCAGGAUGAUCACAAUACCACACAGCAGUUCUUUAAACUGUUUCGAUUGAACGUGUGAAUAGAACUGAUCCUGUUUCAUCCAGCCCAUGCACUCAGUCAAACCAAAAAGGAACAUUAGUCUCAAUGAAAGUCAUAGGUGAGUGGCUAAGACUGGACAAGCUCACUUCAAACACCAAACGUCUAGGUGCCAGUAGUAAACUAUACAAAUGGUGCUCGGUCGCAAGGCUGCCUUGUAAAAAACGCCAGAAAUGCGGUCCACACAAGGACUGAAUAAAUAAGCUAGAAGUAUGAACAAGCUGUAACCAUUCUCUGUGUAAAACAGUGAUAUCUGAAUGUUUUCCAACUGGUGCUAGAUUGUUGCCUUGUAUUUCCAAUAAACUGUAUAUUUGAA